AACAUGAAGUCGUUUUUUAUCCUCGCCUCGUCGUGCGUGUGGCUCAGCCACGGCCAAAGCCUUUGCGAUCAAUUUGCAUAUUAUUCCCAAGACGUCUGGUACUUGAACAACAACGAAUGGGGAGCGAGUGCUGGCAGUGGCACUCAGUGUACCUACGUUGACAGCGUCAACAGCGGAGGAGUCUCCUGGCAUACUGAUUGGACCUGGGCUGGAGGCUCAGGAUCGGUGAAGAGUUACCCAUACUCUGGUCGCAGUCUCCCCACUAAGAAGCUGGUUGCCAACAUUGGCAGCAUCCCGACAGUUGCCGAGUGGAGAUAUGAGGGACAAAAUCUUCGUUGCAACAUUGCAUAUGAUCUCUUCACAGCAGCUGACCCGAACCAUUCCACAAGCAGCGGAGACUACGAGCUCAUGAUCUGGCUUGGGAAUCUUGGUCCAGUUACUCCCAUUGGCGGUACCCCAAUCGCUACGGCCAAUGUUGGUGGAAGGACUUGGAGCCUUUACAGCGGCUUGAACGGAAACAUGCGAGUCUACACCUUUGUUGCGACCAGCCAGAUCAGUUCUUUCAAUGCAGACAUUAAGCCAUUUUUCAAUUACCUUAUCAGCAAUCAUAGUUUCCCAGCCAGUUCGCAGUAUCUACUGACUUUGCAAUUUGGAAGCGAGCCAUUUACGGGAGACAAUGCCCGAUUUAUUGUUGGCCACUGGUCAGGGUCUAUUAGCUAA